AUGGACACAACCUCCCAAAUUGACGUCCCCCAACCCUCCAAAGAAGCAGCCUACACCCAAUCCUCCAACCCCGUCUCUCGCAAUCCCCAAGAACAACGCGGCCAGCCCAACCAACCCUCAGCGCCAGACUCAAGCCUCAUGUAUGCCACCUCUGGCACAGGCUCCUCUACUCGAACCCACGAGUACGGCUCAGCACCUCUGAAACAAAUCCACCGCACGGCCUCCUCCAACCCAUCGUCCGACUCCAACCUCGCCCACAUCCAACGCAAACAUGACCUCGAAACCAAACCCGAAGGCAAACGGGGCCACAUCGACCUAGAAUAUGGAAUUGAGCAACAACCCCGCGAAGGCGAUAUUGCGCAUGCUGUGGAAGCCAAUCAUUCUGAAUCAGCGCCGCAUCAGCGUGUGCAGCCCGGUGUGCAUGCCGGUGCCGUGGGGACGAGUACGCCUGGCUUUGAGCAGGAUACAGCGGCGCAGAUGGAUAGGAAGAGGGUGGAGCAUGAUCGGAUGUUGGGACUGGGUAGCCGGGAAGAAGUCGAAGCGAAGAGUCCGGCGGAUUAUGGGGAGGAUAAGCCGGAUGUGAAGGGUGCCGUUAAGGAUGCUACGGGGCAUGCUGCUGUAUAA